GUGACGCCACUCCCGGAAGUGCGGUCUAGAGCGGGCGGGGAAAGGGCGGCUGGUUCCCUUAGGGAUUAGGUCCUGCGAGGCGGUCUCAGAAGUGGGACCGUUCCUCUCCAUCUUCGCUGAAUCUUUCAGGUCCACGGACUGAGGAAACGUCUCCACCGUCAUGGGAGGCGGAGACCUGAACCUGAAGAAGAGCUGGCACCCACAGACCCUUCGAAAUGUGGAGAAAGUGUGGAAGGCAGAGCAGAAACAUGAGGCCGAGCGGAAGAAGAUUGAGGAGCUGCAGCGGGAGCUCAGGGAGGAGAGAGCUCGGGAAGAGAUGCAGCGCUACGCUGAGGAUGUUGGGGCUGUCAAGAAGAAAGAAGAAAAGUUGGAUUGGAUGUACCAGGGACCUGGUGGGAUGGUAAACCGUGAUGAGUACCUGCUGGGUCGCCCCAUUGACAAGUAUGUUUUUGAGAAGAUGGAGGAGAAGGAAGCAGGCUGUUCUUCUGAGACAGGACUCCUCCCAGGCUCUAUCUUUGCCCCUUCGGGUGCCAAUUCCCUUCUUGACAUGGCCAGCAAAAUCCGGGAAGAUCCUCUCUUCAUCAUCAGGAAGAAAGAGGAAGAGAAAAAAAGAGAGGUACUGAACAAUCCUGUGAAAAUGAAGAAGAUCAAAGAGUUGUUGCAAAUGAGUCUGGAAAAAAAGGAGAAGAAGAAAAAGAAGGAGAAGAAAAAGAAGCACAAGAAACACAAACAUAGAAGCUCCAGUAGUGAUCGCUCCAGCAGCGAGGAUGAGCACAGCCAGGGCAGAUCGCAAAAGAAGAUGGCAAAUUCCUUUCCUGUUUUGUCCAAAGUCCCCGGAUAUGGCUUACAGGUGAGGGACUCUGACCGUGACCAGGGGCUGCAGGGCUCUGUGAUGGCUGAGCAGAGGGGGAUGAAGAACCAUUCCCGCUCAAGAAGCUCCUCCCACUCCCCCCCCAGACAUGUCAGCAGGAAGAGCUCCAAGGAAGAGAGGUCCCGGGACAGGAGGUCUCGAUCCCCAAGGCCCAACAAACCGCAUGCCUCUAAGGUAAACAGGAAAGAGAGAGAUAGCCCAUCACCUAAAAAGGAGGUCUACCAGAGGCGGCAUGCUUCCGGAUACACCAGAAAACUCUCAGCAGAGGAACUAGAGCGGAAACGGCAGGAGAUGAUGGAAAAUGCUAAGUGGAGGGAGGAGGAGAGGCUCAACACCCUCAAGAAACACGCCAAGGAGGACGAGCGGGAGCGCAGACUGGAGAAGCUAGACUCUCGCUCUGGCAAGUUCAUCCAGCGCAUGAAGCUGGAAAGUGCAUCUACUUCCUCCCUGGAGGACCGGGUGAAGCGCAACAUCCAUUCUCUGCAGCGAACGUCAGUAGCUCUGGAGAAGAACUUCAUGAGAAGAUGAAAACCAGGUUCUCUUACUGGUUUUCCUGAAUUCUCCAGGGAGGCUGCUGACUCCUAAAAUUCUCUUUAUAAGAGUUCAAAUAGCUUCUUCUACAGAUGAAAACCACCACUGUUCAAAGUGUCCCUUGCCCAUUGUCUCCUGAAACAUGGUACAUUCUUUAAAAACCAAUGUGACUUGAUUUGGGGACCCUCGGGGACAUUGGCUGGAUGCACUGUGGGCUUUGACUGUGUUUUAAUGGAUGGGCACUGGGCUGUCCUGGAAAGCUUGGCUGCUUGUCACACCUCUUCCCUCCCACCUGAACCAAUGGAUCAGACCUUCCAGAGACCUCUCUCCACGGCCACCCAGAUAGAUAGACUCUGCGUAUGGGGAUAAAUGAGCAUUGACCUUAGUUAGAUUUUAUGACAGAAUAGCCAAGUGUCAGGAAGAGCUUGGAAGAUAAAACAGUACCCCCAAAAAGUCCUAUAUUUGCUCUUUGAGAUGUACUAGUAUAAUGUGUAUAUGUACAAAUGUAUAAUUUUAUACAUGCUUUUAAAAAAGCUAGCUUUGUGAGAACGUUUUGUUUGAUGAUUUUACUAUGUGGAAGCCACCCUGAACCCUGUCAGGAAGUAACAUGGUAAGGGGGUGUGACUUACUUUUCUCUCUGCUUCUGGUGUGGGAGGAGCUUUGGGGUUAGUGGCAGAAUCUAGCUGGGGUAGCUAGCCUUUGACAUUUGGAGGUAACUUUGUCCUCUACACGUGUUAGGUUGCAUUCAUAGCUAUAUGCUGGCUUCAGGAAGGACACAUCUGCCAAGUAUGUGUGCCCUUUUGUUCCUUAGGGUUUCAUAUUGGGCAGCCAGUGGUGCAGGGAACAGGACCAUAUUGCCAGUGUGCUCGUGGAAGCUGUUGGUGGUGGUUCUGUUUGUUUGAUUUGAGGCAGGGUCUCUCUCUGUCUCUCUCUGUCUCUCUCUGUCUCUCUCUCUCUCUCUCUCUCUCUCUGGCUUUGAACUUCCCAGGUAGCUGAGAAUGACCUUGAACUUGAUCCCCCCCCCUCAACCUCCCAAGUGCUUGUGAUUACAGCCCCACACACAGCAGGUGGCUGCUGCUUCACUGUCUGUCUUUUGAGCUGGGGCCUGGCGGUGGCUGACUUGCUUUAGCCUCCUGAAUGCUGGGAUUCCUGGCAUGAACUACAUGCCUAGCUUCCUAACUUCUCUUUUAUCCUGUAGUAAUUUAACUAAAAGUCUAAGACAAGACUCUAGGGGCCACUCCCGUGUUUUUACUGCCAUUCUUUUUUCUAUUAUUUCACCAGAAGCUCUCUUUUGACCAGGAAACUUCUAGGUUCCCUCAUUUUAAAAAUAAACAAACCAAAAACAGAUUUAUCCUAGCCCAGGCUGACCUUGAACUAUAGAUCCUCCUGUGUUAACCUCUGGAGCUGCGAUUAACAGACCUUGAGGCCCUCUUAACCCACACAUUUAUUCAAGCCAUUACUUUCUUCUACCAGUUCCUAGUUCAGCCUAAAACGUAUUUGGAUUUUUAUUUUCAAGCACUAAAAUGCCAGGCUCUGUAAUUAUUAAAACCGUUUCCCUCCCAGAGAAUGUAACACUAUUCAUUUAAUCACUUCAUCCUGCUGCCCUGUGCUAUGGGUAAUUAUGGUUUUUAUUUUAUUACUUGGUAAUAAAGGCUACAUUUAUUUUUGUAA